UAGAGUUUCUUCGAGUUUAACUACGCCAUGUUGUGGAUCGCGAAAUAAAACAAGUCUCGUGAUUUCGCUUGGUCUAACUUUUCCAUAAAAUAAUAAAAUUCUGUUGAUUAUUUCUCAGUUCACUCGUGCAAAAUAUCAUAAGCUGAUUAACACAAUAAUUAUAAUUAUUUAUUUAAAACUAAAUAAAUCAAUAAGACAUUGAGAAGUUAGUAAUUCAGUGAUUAAUAUAUUUUUUUUAUUAUCUAAGUCAGCCAUUAGUGUGCCUUGUAUCUUAAGAAAUGUGGAAUUGAGUUAUUCUUUUUAAUUUACGACGCUUAUUCUAGUUUUGUAGAUACUUAAAACAUUCACCAUGCCGAGAAAACCAAUGAAUAAUCGUUUUGGCAAACAAAACAAACAUUUUUUCAAUCAUGAUGAUAGAACAGCACGUAUGGAUGAUGAUCAUCCAAUGGAUUUCGGUGCUGCUAAAGUACGUGUUGUAUCGUUUAAAAAGGCACGAUUAGUACCAGAUCGUUCACGUUAUAUAAGACCAAUGAUUAAAGAAUACUUGGGUGAUGAUGCUAUGUCUUCGGGUGCAAAUAAUAAUCCUCGCCAGGUUAUGUUUAGGACUAAAAACAGAAUGAAAGGUGGACGACUUAGUCCUAUGGCACAACGAGGUCCUAAAUUACAUAAAAAUAGAACUAAUUUUAGUGGUGAAGCCCAAUGGUAUAAAAUAACGAUAUUGUACGGCGAUCAAUAUGAAAAAGACUUCAUAUUAAAUAGUCUGCUGAGUUAUAUUGCCCCCGAUACAUUUAUACCAAUAAUGUACAAAGUCAUAGGACAAGAAGCUAUUUUUUAUGUAGACAGUCAAGAGACGGCAAACAAAUUAUCGGAAUGUAAUAAAAAAAUAACGACACCUGACAAUCACAAAAUUCAAGUAAGAAUACGUCCUGGUUUCCCACGAUGUGAAAUUGACGACACGCUUAGAGGAAAAUUGAAAGCAGCAAUGGCUAAGCGGUACCGGCAAGAAAAUAAUGCCUUGGAUUUGUCAUGUUUUCAUCAUGAUCCUGAUCUUGUCCAAGAUUAUUUUUGUGCUUUAUUCAGACCUGUGAUGUUAAUGUUAGUCUUGGAUAUAGUCGCCGAAGCAAUUCCUAAUCUCGAGGCAUUAAAUCUUGAUAAUAAUAAAUUGUCUAUGGUAGACAAGUUAGUUUUUUUGGAGAAGAAAUUUAAGCAUUUAAAAAUUUUAUACAUUGGUGAUAACAAAAUUAGAGAAAUGCAUCAACUAGAUGUUCUUAAAGAUUUACAACUUGAAGAAUUACGUCUUGCUGGUAACCCUGUUGUACUGCAAAGGUACAAAAAACGUACUGACGAUUAUAUCAGUGACGUACGGAAGAAGUUCCCCAAACUACUGCGGUUGGAUGGUAUGGAGCUACCGAAACCAAUAUUAUUUGAUGUCGCCGAAGAGGGUAUCCAAGUACCACCAACGCAAAAGGUCUUUGCUAAAAACGGUGAAGCUCUUAAAGUUGCUGAACAGUUUAUGCUUCAAUACUUCACUAUUUUCGAUAGUGAUUCUCGACAACCUUUAUUAGAUGCUUAUCAUGAGCAUGCAUUUUUCAGUCUUACUGUUGCUCCGUGUCCUACGAUACAAAAAUUCAAUAAAUACACACCAGAUAAUAGAAAUUUAUUCCGUUCAAGUGAUACAUCCCGUCGUACGAAAUUACUAAAACAAGGAAGAUUACCAGUAGUAUCAUUUAUUUCUGAAUUACCUAAAACUCAACAUUAUUUGAAUUCAUUUACAAUGGACAUUGGAGCUGUAACGCCAUCGACGAUAAUGAUAACAGUGACUGGGCUUUUCAAAGAAGUAGGAACCAAGGAUCAAGCAAUUCGUUACUUUGAUCGGUCAUUCAUAAUUGUUAAAUACGGCAGCGGUUAUUGUAUAAAAAAUGAGCAGCUUCAUUUAGCUCAUCCAACACCAACUCAAGAGCGUCAAGUCAUUAACAGUCCGCAAAAUUCAAUAGCUGAACAAGCAGCAGCUGCUCAAGCUUCUGUCCAACAAGUACCUCAACAACAACAACAACAACAACCACAGCAACAACUACAAGCUCAGCCUCAACCGUCGACAUCAGGUACAUCUGAACCUAAUCAACAACUCCAACAUCAAAUGACUGUUGCUUUAAUGGAGCAAACGAAAAUGAAUUUAGAGUGGAGUUUCAAGUGUUUACAAGAGGUACAGUGGAAUUUCGAUACAGCCAUUCGGGCUUUUAAUGAAUUCUUCCAAGCUGGGAGAAUUCCACCAGAGGCGUUCUCUUAAUAAUGGCCUCUGCUAAUAUUAAAAUAUUAUUUAUAUAUAGAAAUUUAAAGAAAAAAUGAAAAAAACACCAAAUUUAUAGUCUUAUUAAUUAAUAUAUUAAUAGUUGGCACGAAUUUGGUGAUAUUUUUUUUACUGUUAAAUAUUUAAAUAUUCCUUUAGUAUAAUUGUUAAAUAUUAAUCUAGCAUAUUUUCUUGCACUGAGUCUUGGCUUAAUAUCCAAAUUCGUGACACGUUUAUUUAAUUAGAGAAAAAAAAAAUAAUAACUAAAUAACAUUCUGUACAUCAUUUAUAAAAUUUACUUAACUGCCAAAUAUUAAUGAAUCAAAUCAUUUUCACUUAUAAUUAAAAUCAUUGAAGACAAAAAAAAUUAUAACUAUAAUACGACAGAUAUAGUUACCUUGAUAUUUAUAAAAAAAAAAAAAAAUUGAUAUACUAAAACAGUAUAGAGAUGUAAUAAAUUUGUAGUGUGCAUUCGAAAAAUAAUAAUUUUAUAUUUUAAUCUAAUUAUGAUAAUUAAUGUUCAUUAAUUAUCGUUGUCAAUUAAUUUUUCUAGCGCACACUUAUCAAUUAAUUAACAAAUAAUUUUUUUCAGUUAUUUUAAUUAUUAUUUUUAAUUAAUGAGGAUAAAUAAUCAAAUAUUUAGAAAAUUUUCAAACAAAUAUCAAAUUAUCUUCUUUUAAUUUCAUAUUUUUUAAAAACAUCGUAUCAGUUUUUUAAUUUUAUUAUUGUUCUUAAAACUUUUUUCUUUUUUUUUUUUUUUUGACUCUUUAUUCUCAUGAUCCGGGAAAAAAUAUAAAAAAAACAGUCAAUUGCCAUAGUAAUUUUUACAGUAAAAAUAGCAAGGAUUGUAAAGAUUCUUUCGAAGAAAAAUUGAAACUAAGUAGAAAUUGUUUAAACAAAACUAGUUUUAAAUUUAAAAAUGACAUAAUUAAUUUUUAAAAAGUAAUAAAACAUGAAUACUAAAAUAAAACACACAAUUGAGGAAGACUCCUGAAGAAGAAACAAAGAAGAUUUAAAUUAAAU